UUCAUACCAAUUUAUACCUAAUACCUAUUUAUACCAAUUCAUAACAAUUCAUAACAAUUCAUAACAAUUCAUAACAAUUCAUAACAAUUUAUACCUGUGGGGCACUUCUAAAAUGUAAAUACUCAAAGCACUAUUUAAUUAUCUCUUUUCCUUCUGCUCUUUCUUGAGCUUUUCUUUCUUUCUUUUCUUCUGCAUACAACUUUCUAUUCAGCCUUUUCCAUAUCCUGAAAAUGUCUAUUUUCUCGCCUAUCUCAAAUUUCUUCCAUAGAAUAACUCACAGAUCUAUAUCGAUCAAACCCAGACACUAUAUCAUCCUAAUAUUGCUAAUCUUUAUUGUAUUGCAGUCUCUUUUAGUCUCUGGGUCUGCCUCAAAUGAUUCCAGAAUCUUUCACAUGGCAAACUUGAAAUACAGUCUAUCCAACUCUGGCAAUUCUGCAAGUGCUAUAUCAAGAGUAGAUUUACAAAUGGGCUACUUUGGCUCAUGUUUAAAAAUCCACAAGAAUUCAAACUCCCACGAAUGGGUCUGUGGAAAUAACGAAAUUAAAUUAUUACUCAGCGACCAAUUUUUCAAUCAGCACAUAACUCAAAAUCAAUCUCUAACUUACUUUAUCAAUGAUACUGCAAAACUAUUCAGAAGUGACUGUAUAACUCCCUACAUCUUAAUUGUUGCAAUCGCUCUAUCAACAAUCAACUUAUUAACUUUGAUAUUUAUCUCUCCUUCUUAUCACCCUGGUAUUUAUAGAUACUCUGCUUUCAUUUCCUAUUUAUCCUUUUCCUUAGCCCUAAUUGCUGCUAUCUGGCAAGAGACAAACUUAUUAACUGCCAUCAGACUCUUUUCUAAAAUGCAAAAUGAUUACUACGACCUAUCCUCAUCUUAUUCAAUCCUCUCAAGAGUCUUUAUUUGGGUAGGUGUUGCUCUCCAAUUCAUCACUUCUCUCUUAUUAGCCACCUUAGCCAUUGUUGGUUCAAUAAUCCAAAUUGGUGAUUUUAAUCCUGAUCUCGAUGAUUUUGAUGAAAAAGUAUAAUCAAAAAUAAUAAAAUAAUAAAAUAAUAAAAUAUACUAUAGUAAUCAAUUAUACACAGAUUGGUCUUCAUUGAAAAGUCAAAUUAAACCUGAGGGAUGGUUUUUAUUUACUUAUUUCUUAUUUCUUAUUUCUUAUUUCUUGUGUUGUGUUUUGUGGCUUGUACUUGAUUGAACUUAUAUUGUUUUGUUCUGUUUUAUUUGGUCUCUCAUCUGGUGUAUUUAUUUCCAAUUUCAUUUCAUUUCUCUUUCUAUUCAUUUCUUUUAAUUAACUCGCUCUUUCUCUUUCUCUUUAUAUACUCAAUUCAUACUAAUUAAAUACUAAUUAAG